UUCUGAACUCAAGCGCAAAGCAAAACCUUCACUCCUCCCUUCUCACCUUAAAAUGCUCCUCCUCCCACUGCCACUCUCCUCCUCCUCCUCCUCCCGCUGCAUCCUUUUCUCUCAUGAGCUCACCUCAUCACUCCUUGCUUCUCUUUCCAUACGGUAAGAGUGAGGCGGGUGGUGGAGGAAAUGGACAUAGGUGGGGUGGUGGGCAUGGAAGGGCUGGUGAGUGGUGCCUCUUCUGAGUUUGGUGGUCCUUUCUCCUCUCCCCGGGUCUCCUCUGACUCUGAACUCAAGCAAAGGGGGGUCUUUUGCUCAAGUGGGAGGUCUGGUGGGUUUGAGGAGAAUGAAUGGCGGUUCUCCAAGAUGGCAAGGACUGAGGCAAUGUUGGCACCAAGCAUCACCAGGGGAGCUGCCUUCCUCCAUCGAUCCAACUCCCACUCCCUCUUCCCUGAGAGGGAGCAAAUGCUCAGCUUCUCAUCAUCACCAUCCUCCAAGCCGGAUGCCAUCGUGCUCGCCAGUGAUGAGACCUUACCUUACUACCAUCACCCAUCAUCAUCUUCUUCAACACCUUCUUAUCUCAGGAAUGCAGGUGUUUCAGGCUGGGAUUCUGGAGGCUCAAAUGUGAACAUGAAUGGGGUUUUGUCAAGGAUGAGGGGGCCCUUCACUCCAUCCCAGUGGAUGGAGUUGGAGCACCAGGCAUUGAUCUACAAGUACAUUGAUGCAAAUGUGCCUAUACCACCUAGCUUGCUCAUUUCAAUCAGAAGAAGCCUCAACCCAUCUGGGUUUUCUCCCAUCUCAUCUGGAUCUUUUGGUUUCAGUCCAUUGGGAUGGGGAUCAUUUCAUAUGGGAUAUUCUGGAAAUGUUGAUCCAGAGCCUGGUAGAUGCCGUCGAACUGACGGGAAAAAAUGGCGGUGCUCGAGGGAUGCAGUUGCUGACCAGAAGUACUGCGAGCGACACAUGAACCGGGGCCGCCAUCGUUCAAGAAAGCAUGUGGAAGGCCAUACUGGCUAUGCCGCUAAAGCUAUGCCCAUCAUCCCUCCUUCACAAUCAGCUUCAGCUGUUUCUGGCAGCAGAUCAUGUAGUAGCCUCACCAUUACACAGCAGCAGUCGAAUGCAGCCGAUCCUUGCCCUGCACCGCUCAACAGGAUGCUGAUAAGCAAAGCAAAUGUAAACGAUCAUCUGCAGGACUCUCAGGGCCUCUCCGCACUAAAUUCUGGGAACCCAAAACCUAUGAAUACCUUGCUUCCCAUCUCUAAAAAGCAAGAUCCCUUCAAAGUAGUCUCAUCCCGAGGAGACUUCACACACAUUACCACCGAAAUCAUUGUCAAUCCUUCAAGAAGUUCCACACACAACUUCAGCUUUGUACCCACUCCAAAACUCAGUGAGCAACGACCCCAAUCCCAUCCUCUUCGGCAUUUCGUGGUUGACUGGCCUAAAAACCAGUCCGACUGCUCAACCAUCAUGUGGCCAGAUGUUGAGGAAAUGCAAUCUGACAGAGCCCAACUCUCCAUUUCAAUGCCUAUGGCUUCCUCAGGCUUCUCAUCGUCAUCCUCUUCUCCUAACCAGGAAAAGCUUACGCUUUCACCCCUUAAGUUAUCCCGGGAUUUCGAUCCCAUUCAUAUGGGUCUAGGAAUAGGAGGUGUUCUGAAUGAGGUGAAGCCAUAUUUGGCUAUGGUGUUCUUGCAGUUUGGGUAUGCUGGGAUGUUUGUCAUCUCAGUGGAGUCGCUCAAGCGCGGCAUGAAUCACUACGUGCUUGUGGUGUAUCGGAAUGCCAUUGCCGUGGCUGCAGUCUCUCCUUUUGCCCUGUGGUUUGAGAGGAAAGUGAGACCCAAGAUGACCCUCUCCAUCUUCCUCAAAAUAAUGGCGUUGGCAUUUCUUGAGCCUGUGCUUGACCAGAACUUCUACUACGUGGGGAGUAACUUAACCUCCGCAAGCUUCGCUUCCGCAAUGUUUAACAUCCUCCCUGCAAUCACCUUCCUACUGGCCAUUGUUCUAAGGAUUGAGACCAUGAAUCUAAGGCGGCGACGCAGCCAAGCAAAGCUUGUGGGAACUAUCGUUACAGUGGCAGGCGCUUUGCUCAUGAUAUUAUACAAAGGUCCAGUGUUAGAUUUUGUAUGGUCCAAAGGGCGAAGCCAUCAUAAUACUGCGGUCGGUCAGAACGGCAGCAACUCGCUCAAGGGUACCCUCAUGCUGCUGGGUGGUUGCUUCUGUUGCUCUAGUUUCUACAUCUUACAAUCGAAUACACUAGAGUCAUACCCUGCCGAGCUCACCUUAACCUCCUUGAUAUGCCUCAUGGGAGCACUGAUGAGUAGCCUGGUUGCUCUUGUGGCGGAACGGGGCAGUGCCAAGCCCUGGAUCAUCGGUUGGGACACACGACUCCUCGCUGUUGUUUAUUCUGGGGUGCUUUGCUCUGGUGUCGCAUAUUACGUGCAAGGUAAAGUGAUGAAAGAGAGAGGGCCAGUCUUUGUCACUGCUUUCAACCCUCUUUGCAUGAUUGUAACAGCUGUCUUGGGCUCUAUCGUUCUAGCAGAGGAGAUCACUCUGGGAAGUGUUAUUGGUGCAGCUGUCAUAGUUAUUGGCCUCUACUCCCUUAUAUGGGGCAAGAGCAAGGAUCACUUGAAGCAGCACUCCGAGAGCAGUGAGAAGAAAGGAGAGUUCGAGUUGCCAACGGGAGUUGCCAACGGCUAUUGCCGAUGCUGGAAAAUCUGGUCGUAA